GUUUUCUUCCAUAUUCGGGAGUGAAAUCAGCAACAAGUUAUUCCUCAACAAAAUAUGUUACGGAACCACAUUUCAGAGGAAAUCGUUAAAAAAAUGAGUCGGGACGAUCGCAAAGAGCUUUUUUGUGGUCUCUGUUCGCAGCUUGCAAGUGAACCACUGAGAACUGCUAUGACAGGCGCCUCCUGUACACACGUAUUUUGUGAUGCUUGUGUUCAGAGGCUCGCCAUUUGGGAAUCACCACUCUUUUUCUGUCCUCGCGAUGGACAAAGACUUGUCAUAAAAGAGUUCCAGCCAGAUGAUGAUGCAGAGGGAAAGAUUUGCUCCAUCAUUGCAUCUCUUAAACCAGAGCAAACUGGUGAUCGCAAUGCCAUGGAUCAUUUAAAAAGAGAACUUGUGGAAGGGGAAAGUAAACAUUCAAAUGAACAGUGUCAUAUUUCUUUUUGUGACGUAGCCUUUUUGCAACAAAAGGACCGCCUGAAAGAUACAGAAAUUGCAGACAUAAAGGCUCAAAUUCAUGGCUUGGGAAAUUCCCUGGUGGAAAUAAAUCGGAAGGUUCAAGCCUUGAAACAGCAGCAUGCUGACCAUGAUAGAAUUCGAGCUCUGGAGAAUCAGCAACAUGCUGACCGUGAUAGAAUUCAAGCUCUGGAGAAUCAGCAACAUGCUGACCAUGAUGGAAUUCAAGCUCUGGAGAAUCAGCAACAUGCUGACCAUGAUAGAAUUCAAGGUCUGGAGAAUCAGCAACAUGCUGACCACAAUGAAAGAAUUCAAGCUCUGGAGAAUCAGCAACAUGCUGACCGUGAUAGAAUUCAAGCUCUGGAGAAUCAGGUGGACGUUUUGCAAAAUAGAUGUGCAGAUACAGACGCUGAGCUUAUGCGAGAAAAAGACACCAGGAAUAUUGAGUGUGCUAUCACGUAUGACCAUAUAACACAACUAGCAGCAGGAUUGCGGUAGUAAACCAUGCAGGUUACUUGUUGUGAACUACGUUACUUUGAUAAGCUUAAAAUUCACAUGAAUGUUAAGUUCUAGAUGUACGCGUAUGUAUGUACCAGUAUGUAUGCGUGUGCGUAUGUAUGUCGUAUUGUGCAUUUGGUGAGUUCCACCCCUUCUAUUGCAAACCUAGUUAAGAAUAGAGCGGUAUGAUUUGCAUGUAAUGUAAGUCGAGCUGGCUAGUUUAACGAAUUGGUUGUAAUUGCAAGGCUAAGAACGAUAGAAUACUUCUGUAUAUCAAAGAGAUGUAUGGAACGAAGAAGAUGAAUUGAAGCACUGAGUGCUUUCAAAACGAACCGAGGAUCGUGACUGACUAUCAUAUCCAAUUCGGUUCUGUAGUGUUAGAAUUACGUGAUGACAAGUCAUGAUUCGGUAAUUUAUCGUGUUAAUUAAUAUUUUCCUGGAUAUUUACUCCAGUGAAGUACUAUCAAUCGUGUCUCUGAUUGGAUGAACGAUGUAUUUUUAUAGUUGUUCGCUUCCAAUCUUAGGCCCACUCUGGGACAUUAAGUUGCCUUAAGUUGCCCUAAGUCGCUCUUGAUUACGCAAUGUUAUAAGGGUUCCACUCGUCCCAAUUGACCCCAUUCACUCCACUUUAAUCAUAAGGAUCAGAGGCAGAGGCAUGGUGGCUUAAUGCUUUGUGCACUGGACUCGACACUAGCCUAGUUUUGGUGUCCAGUGUUGGAGCAUUGCUUUGUGUUCUCGGGUAAGAUACUGUAAGCUCAAAUUGAUUUGAAAUCUGGAUAUUUUAGACUUAUGGUGACUUAUGAGCACACAAAAGUAACCAAAAUGACUAUUGUGUUUAUUGCAAGGGAUUCUGUAAGUAUUUUUAAGGUUUAGGGAGAGACUGUUGCUAACUUUGAUUUAAUCAGUUCAGUCAAAUAAAAUCGCUUUAAGUCGCUUCAAGUCGCCUUAAGUCGUCUUAAAUCGUCUAAAGUCGCAAUGUUUUUUCUUUCAAUUUUGCCUAAGUCGCCUUAAAUCGCCCAAAGUUGCCAAAAUUUACGGCGACUUAAGGCCCCAGAGUACGCCUAAUCUUUAAAAUGUAUGUAAACCUCAGUGGGGAAAAAUAAAAAAAUAAACACCAUACCGGGGAAAGUGUGCACGAACGCUGGACUGUU